CAGAAUAUCCUCCUAUAAUGGCGAAUAUCACCCGUUCUUCCAAGCCUAGCAAUGAUUGGACGUCGAAUGACUUGGCUGCAUAUAAUAUAACAGUCCUCUGCCAAUCCACGGAUGCCUUCUUUGGAUACACACCCAACACAAUACCUGACGGAAUUGAUCCUGAUUUCCUGACCGCUACUAUUGUCCCACCCAAUUGUGAAAAUCUGUCGGAUCAUACCUAUCGACUCCUUCAAUACUUAGAUAUUGCCACUCAUGCCGGCUCUAACCAGGAAUCAGCAAUCAACGAUUUUGCCAAAGAGCUGCUUAGCUUACUUGGUUUUGAAGAACGAGGAACUGUUCUGCGAUUGCGCUAUUCCAUUCCUUUUAUGAUAUGCGGUGACGAUGGGCGUGUAGCACAGACCAACCUAUGCUUGGUUCAAGGCAACACGACGAUUCUCCUUGUUAUUCAAAACGAAACGGCCAUCGGUACCAAGAAUCCCGAAGCGCAAGUCAUCGCUGAAGCCAUUGCUGCUUUCCAAUACAACAACGUAGCUCGCGAUCGCAAUGGCUUAGAUCCGCUUGAUUCCAUGACAAUCCCUGCCAUUACUAUGAUCAGCACUCGUCCUGUUUUCUACAAAAUACCGGUCACUCAGCAGCUGAGCAACGCCAUUGCUAUGGCUCAGUGCCCUGUCUCGAAAACAGAAAUUGUCAAGUGUGUAGUUGCGCCACACUCCUGUCGUCUGAGCGAAGGAAUGGAGGUUCCUGAGUUUAGGCAAGAGGUUUUGCAACAUUAUGAGGCUUUCAGAAGAAUGUCGAAGGAAUGCUGGAGUCAUUUCAUUGUCUAAUUUUACUGUGGUCAGACUUGCAGCCUGACCAUUUUCCAUUCCCCUUCCUCGGCCCCUUUGCUCAUGAAUAACAUAUUAUGGGCCCGUUUUGACGAUCGUGUAUUUUAGAUUCGAACAUACAAACAACUUCAGUCUCUUGGUUGUUCUUAAAGAGGCCCCGCCCUUCAGCUUGAACAACAUGAGUUUCUUCCGAGGGAAAGAAUCGGGGACGCGGCAACUGCUGCUACAUG